ACCGAUAUUAUCGAUGUUUCAAAAAUAUCGAUGCAUCGUUUGCAUCCCUAAGUACCACUGGUUGCAGCUGUUUGCACCAAUUGAAAAUAAUGUUAAGGAACAAUAUAUUUGCUUACAGUUUACUUGUAUUUAUAACACUUGCAUAUAUUUCCAUAGGAAUAGCGUAUUCCUUGUUGGCUGAGUGUCCGGGAAAAGAUGUAAAUGAAAUACGGAAACAAGCUGAACAAUAUGAGCUAUCGUUCUUGUUUUACCAUGUUACCUGGAGCACUGACAGUCAAGCAGCUCGGCUGGUGUACGAACACAUUGCACAAGUCUACGAAUAUCGGAUAUUUUUCGGUGUUAUCGACUGCUAUCAUCUUGCAUGCAAUUGUAGUAAAACAUACCCUCUGUCACUAGGCUCAGGUGCUCCAAACAAAUGGCCAACUCUAGUCGUUCGUUAUAGUAAUCGUAUUGUUUUGCAGUAUAACGGAGAAUGGACUUUAGAAGCUGUUCAACGUUUCAUUGAUUUUAUAUUUAUUCCAGUUGAGAGAUUGAACUCAAGGCUUGAAUUAAAACGUUUGACUAUGCAAAGAGAUGCCGUAGUCCUCGGUGUUUUCGGCAAUGGAUCACAAUUGGAGUUUCGCAAAUUUGUAAGUGCUGGCAUAAAAUGGCUGGAAACUGAUCCAGUUUCGAGUUUUCGCUUUGCUGCCGCGAUUGGUCCAGCAGCAAAAGAUAUUUUACAUAGAGCGAACGAUACCCAACAACGGUUGCCUCAACUGUUGCUCAUUACGAGCAAAGGAGUAGUAGAAAUGCCGCCUAGUGAGUGGAACGUGAGUAAUAUAGUUGUGUGGCUACAAACCGAGUUUGCACGUUCACUCAAUGUAUUGUACGGUUAUAACUCGCCCAAAAGUUUGACUAUGCUUUUACAUUUAUCACCAGUACUGACCGUUAUUGCCAAUGACUAUUUCUACGAUUAUAUGAAUACAUUAACAAACUAUGGAAUUUCUUUAGAUGAGCAAUGUCAUGCAGACAUUUGGCAAAGUGAGAUGGCUAAACUUCAAGAACUGGGAUAUGUCCAACAUACAAUGGAGAAAAAUGAACUUUUAAAGCCGUUAACUUGCUCCGCUAAAGAAUACCUUAGUCAAUGGAAUUUGAGGUAUUACUACGCUUUAGAUAGCUAUCUAAAACAGUUUAUUUGUGGCUUGAGACGAAAUUGUACCUUUGAAAAGGGUUUGGCGUCAUCGAAUAACAUACAUAAGCUAUGUACGAGCAAACAUCGAAACAGUUCGCCCUCUAGGAAAAUUGCAGCUGCGAAAUAUUUAAAAAAGUUCGUUGAUGACAAUUGUAAUCGCUGGUUGGUUUCCAUUUGGUCAGCUACGCCACACUUGCAGCCCCCUUUGGAUUUUACUGAGCUAAAGGACGCCUCAUAUUUCGAACGAUUCUACCCAAAACCACAAAUAUUUCGUGAAGACAUUGAAGCGCAGGAAGUGCCCGUUCAUCAGUCUUCUUCGCAUAUUGAACCACAUUCGCAUCAGUUGCAACAGCAGCGCCCACCACGUCCUGAAGGUCGCACUUUGCAGCAACAACAACAACGAGAGGAAUACGUAGAGCUACAAAAGCGCGAAAGCGACAUUUAAAACCAAUUAACAAUACGACAUUUAAAGCACUUUUGCAAAAGAAAAAAAGAAUGGCAUUUAUCUUGCUUUAUCCAGCCGUAGCUGCUCUUGCUCUCUUCAUUAUCGGUGUUAUUAUUGUAAUUUUACGAUUUGGACCGCGUCUUUGUGGUUUGCGUCAUCAUGCGCUUCCCGAUAAUCACGAAUGGGACGGAAAGAGCUAUGAGCAUGAGAUCAGCUACGCCUAGGUAAGGUUCCUUCAUACUGAACUCGUUAUUGUCAUGACUCAAAUAUGUGGAAACUUCUGCCGUAUAUUUUAUCAAGUGAAUCAAGGCAAUAUAUGGUCGGUGUGAAAAGUUUUGAUGUCAUUAAAAAUAAUUGCUAACUCGAAUACUACUUCUAUAAAAAACUGCACAAUUAAUCUAGCAACUAAAUUCCGCGAUAAGAGGAAUCACAUUAAGAAUUAGUACAAACUUACGGCAACAUAUCGUAAUUUUUAAAAAGUGCCUUUUUAAAAACAAAUUUAUACUUUUAUACGCAUGCAUAGUAAGUUCACAUAACAAUUUUAGGUUAAAUUGAAACCCAAACUAUUCCGUCCGAGUAAUAUUUAAAAAAUCAGGAGCACUAUUUACAAUGCUCAAAUAACCAAUAGUUUGUAAACAGUUUUAUAAACGCAUGUUUUACGCAAUGAAAACAUUUUCUAAUAAAUGAUACAAAUUUA